CCAUAAAACAUAAGUGCCACACGUUUCUUGUUUCAUUCUUCUUUCGCUGACUGCUUCAUACUCUAUAUUGUGUGUUUUGGAGAGAGAUUCUUCUUUAGCUGACUGCUUCAUACUGAGAGAGAGAAAGAGAGAUCUAGAGGACAUGGAGUUGAAAGAGGAGGUGCAUAACUUUAUGAGGGUAGCAUUAUGUGCACUUAUUUCACUUGGGUAUUGCUAUUUUGUAGGCAAGAUUGUCCGCAAAGGUGUUCUAAGAUUUCUCUCUAUCCUCCCUGUUGUCGUCGUCUUUCUAUUCAUCCCUCUGUCACUAACCUCCGUUCACAUGAUUGGAGCUUUUUCUUUCUACAUUUCAUGGCUUGGAAACUUCAAAUUGAUUCUUUUCGCCUUCGAAAAGGGCCCCCUUUCAACACCUUCAAUGACACUAUUGCGGUUCUUUGCAGUGGCUUGUUUCCCGAUCGAUGUUACUCAGUCCGAUAAAGGGUUUUCCAAGCCCAACAAAACGUCUUUAUUCACUUAUGGUACGAAGGGUCUAGUUCUUGCCGUUUGCCUUCAUCUUUAUCAUCAUCAUAAAGAGGAUGUGCAUCCGAUGAUGGCAUGGUGCGUCUUCGGGUUGAUUGUUUACUUAAUGCUUGAGCUCUUCGUAGCUUUGAGCUCAACCAUAGUCGGGUUGUUUCUCAAGGUUGAGCUCGACCAACAGUUUGACGAGCCUUAUCUUGCCACAUCCCUACAGGACUUUUGGGGACGCAGGUGGAACGUGAUGGUCAACCGCAUCCUUCAUCCGAGCGUUUACGAACCGAUGCGUAUACUCUCGAUCAACGUGGUUGGUCGGUUGUGGGCCCCAGUUCCAGCAAUCCUCACCACCUUCUUGGUUUCUGGCAUCAUGCAUGAACUAAUAUUCUUUUACUUUACUAGGGAAUGGCCCACUGGGGAGGUGAUGCUUUUCUUUGCUCUACAUGGGGUUUGUUUGGUUCUCGAGGUGGUGAUUAAGAAAGCUACAAGAUAUAAAUGGAGUUUACCCAAUAACCUAUCGAGACCAUUAGUUUUGGCUUUCGUGUUGGCAACAUCUUAUUGGUUGUUUCUGCCAGAAUUAUCGAGGUGUAAUAUGAUCGAAAGAGCAUUUGAAGAUUACGUGGCUGUUAGUGAGUUAGCGACCGAUGUGGUACGAACUACGCCAGUAUUUUUUAAGUAGAAGGAGUAGUUCCAUGGCAUCGCCUUUCAAAUUUCAAAUGGUAUAAGGACUUCAAGCAUAAAUUGUUUAUGUAACAGUUCAAAGAUGCAAUAUAUUGUGUUUUUUGAGAACUUCACCUUUGCUUCCUAUAGUUUUGAUUCUUGUAUUAACGUAUUGAUUAAAUGGAUUCUACAAAUUGCAAUUCA